GGAACUGUAGCUAGCUAAAAAAAAAAAGUGUUCCGUCAUUGACGUAUAUAAAAGGUUCCGUCUGUUCUGGGUAUUUCACUUAGCAUGUAACCAACUGGAAUGAUUUUGUCUGACAGAGUUUUUCAGCUUUUUGUUAACGUGGGUUGUAUUGUAGUAAUGGCAUUUACUCUGUGUGUUGUCUUUAUACUUGUAGCUUCUAUUCACGACUGUGAUGGCGACCUGCGCUUUGCUUCCUACUAUGGAGAUCACAUGGUGCUGCAGAAGUCUCCAGAGAGAGCUGUGCUGUGGGGCUACGGCCCUGAAGGCGCACUGGUGACCCUCUACUUGUCAGGACCAAUCAAACAGAAAAUCUCACCAGUUACUGUGACAAAAGGUAUGUGGCGAGUCACUCUUGACCCUGUCAAAGCGGGUGGGCCCUACAAUGUGACAGCAGCCAUUCACAGCAGCACAGCCACUCUGACAGAUGUGCUGUUUGGAGAUAUUUGGCUGUGCGGAGGGCAGAGCAACAUGGAGUUUCCAACAUCUGAGAUUUUCAAUGCUUCAGAGGAGUUGGACCUCGCAGCGAAGUUUCCCCAUGUAAGGACUUUUAUGGCAUCCUUGAAAAUGAGUGAAACUGAGCUGAUUGAUUUAAUUGAAGUGGAACUUCCCUGGUCUGUGCCGCCAGCAAAUUUGACAAAGUUCUCUGCAGUGUGCUGGCUUUUUGGACGUUACUUGUAUAAGACGCUGCAGUACCCAAUAGGACUGGUGGAGUCCUGUUGGGGAGGCACACCUGUCGAAGUCUGGUCAUCUUCAAGAGCACUGCAGCAGUGUGGACUAAAGCAAACUAACAAAAGUCCCAAAGAUAAUUCUGUCCUGUGGAAUGCAAUGAUCCAUCCGCUGCUCAACAUGACCAUCAAAGGUGCCAUCUGGUACCAAGGUGAGGCUAAUACAGUCUAUCAUCAAGAGAAGUACAGCUGUUCUUUCCCUGCUAUGAUUGAUGACUGGAGGAUGGCGUUUCACCAGGGCUCAGGGGGGCAGACUGCUCACGACUUCCCCUUUGGAUUUGUCCAGCUGUCCACCAAUGAAAAAGGCUCCACUAGUGACGCCUUUCCAAACAUCCGCUGGCACCAGACAGCAGACUACGGCUUUGCCCCAAAUGCCCGGAUGCCGAAAACCUUCAUGGCCGUGGCUUUGGAUCUACCAGAUGCAUUCUCACCUUUUGGCACGAUCCAUCCUCGAGACAAACAGGAUGUAGCCUACAGACUGACAUUGGGAGCAAGGGCAGUGGCUUAUAAUGAGAAGGACGUGUCCUUUCUUGGACCUUUCCCCAACAAAAUCCUGGUCACUAAAACGUAUGUCAAUGUUACUUACGACCAGAAAGUCUCUGUCACACCAUCUAAGGACACCUUUGAGAUCUGUUGCUCAGAGACUCACGAUCCAUGUGGGCCUAAAUCUCGCUGGGUUCCAGCUCCCAUCAUACAGCAGGGUCCGACCACAGUCCAGUUAUCUGCUAAUUUGUGUGCACUUACUGAUGAAGUAGCUGCCCUCCGAUAUGCAUGGAGAGACUGGCCCUGUGACUUUAAAGCCUGUCCAAUCUACAGCAGCAGUGGGAUUUUACCUGCGCCUCCUUUUAAUAUCAACCGCUAUCCAGCCAAAGGAAACCAGGAACUGUACGAAGACAACGUGAUGAAAAAAAGUGCCUUGUUUCUUUAGCUCAAAAUGAGCUGAUUGGACAGAUAUGUAGCCAGAUUUACCAGAUUGUUCAAUGAAGUUUAACAAGAUAAUUGAUGACUGGAAAAGUGAUGACCGUAGAUUGUUACUGAGAGAGACAAAUUUAGCUAAUAGUUUUUACAGAUAUCAUCAUAUAAUGCAUUUGAGAUGAUUGUUUGUUUUGAUUUCUUCCUUGUUUUGAUUGGUUUAAGAAUAGACAAUCAUCGCCUCAAAGUGGGACAGGUCUCACAAUUUGCGACACAAAAAGUACUGAUUGCAAGCUUAUCUUAAAGGUCCCAUGACUUGGUGCUCUUUGGAUGCUUUUAUAUAGGCCUUAGUGGUCCCCUAAUACUGUACUG